AUGAUCAUCACAUUACAAGUUAUUCAUCAAUUGUUUGGUAUAAUUCUGAAAAAAUUAUCAUAUUUAUUAGUAAAAUUGCCUAAAUUAAUAUCUUAUUUAAAAAAACCAAAACAAUUGGUUAUUGGAAACUUAUGGAUCUUGAAAUUAUUUCAGGAAUCAAGCAAUAUUUUAUAUUCCGAUAUACAACAAGGCUGGCCUGACCAGAAUGCACAAGGGUAUGAUGAUGCAAUGAAAAUUCCAGAGGAGGCAUUGAAAUUGUCAAGAGAUUGUUAA